AUGUUCCGUGCUACGUCCGCCGCUCUCAAGACGCUGCAGCCGCUGGGCCAGCGCGUCCUGGUGAAGCGCACGCUUCCCGCCAAGCAGACGAAGGCUGGUGUGCUCAUCCCCGAGCAGAUCGCUGGCAAGAUCAACGAGGGCACAGUGGUCGCCGUCGCUGCGGCGUCCAAGGACUGGGCCCCCACCGUGAAGGUGAACGACACGGUGCUGCUGCCCGAGUUUGGUGGGAGCAGUGUGAAGGUGGAGGGCGAGGAGUUCUUCCUCUACAAUGAAGACUCCCUCCUUGGUGUCCUGCAGAAUUGA